AUGGAUCUGGUUUUUUGCAAUACUAAUAGUUCCUCUUCUCUCUGACAGGGGAACUGCACUCUGGCACGAUGCUCUCUGUCUGGAGUGGCUGGGAGCCACGGGCUGGCUUACACCAACAGCAGGAAGCUUGUAGUAAAUAGCUCCAGUGUCUUCACCGUCCGUUACUUCAGAACCACUGCAGUACGUAGGGAUGACGUGGUUACGGUGAACACGCCAGCUUUUGCAGAGUCAGUCACAGAAGGAGAUGUCAGGUGGGAGAAAGCUGUUGGAGACACCGUGGCGGAAGAUGAAGUGGUGUGUGAGAUUGAAACAGACAAGACAUCAGUGCAAGUGCCAGCCCCGGCCGCUGGUGUGAUUGAAGCCCUUCUGGUACCCGAUGGUGGCAAAGUGGAAGGGGGGACACCUCUGUUCAAACUCAGGAAAACUGGAGCUGCUCCUGCCAAGGCCAAACCAGCAGCAGCCCCUCCUCCUCCUGCAGCCCCCGAACCUGUAGCUGCGGCUGCUCCUCCUCCUCCUGCUGCAGCACCGAUUCCCACUACAAUGCCACCAGUGCCGCCUGUGUCACCUCAGCCCAUCGACAGCAAACCAGUGUCUGCGGUGAAGCCGGCUGCAGCCCCAGCGGCAGCCCCUUCUGGGGAAGCAGUGCCCAGCAAAGGUGCCAGAUCAGAGCACAGGGUGAAAAUGAAUAGGAUGCGUCAGCGUAUUGCUCAGCGGCUGAAAGAGGCCCAGAAUACUUGUGCCAUGCUGACCACUUUCAAUGAGAUCGAUAUGAGCAACAUCCGGGAGAUGAGAGCAGUACACAAGGAUCCCUUCCUGAAAAAGCACAACCUGAAGCUAGGUUUCAUGUCAGCUUUUGUGAAAGCUGCAGCUUUUGCUCUGCAGGACCAGCCCGUUGUGAACGCAGUGAUUGAUGACACGACCAAAGAGAUUGUGUACAGGGACUAUGUGGACAUCAGUGUCGCUGUAGCAACUCCCCGGGGUCUUGUGGUCCCCGUUGUUAGGAAUGUAGAAAACAUGAACUUCGCUGACAUAGAGCGUGCUAUCUACGAGCUGGGGGAGAAGGCACGGAAAAAUGAACUGGCCAUUGAAGACAUGGAUGGCGGCACGUUCACGAUCAGCAACGGAGGGGUUUUUGGGUCACUCUUUGGGACACCUAUCAUUAACCCACCCCAGUCGGCCAUCCUAGGGAUGCAUGCCAUCGUGGACAGGCCGGUGGCUGUGGGAGGCAAGGUCGAGGUGCGGCCCAUGAUGUACGUGGCGCUGACGUACGAUCACCGGCUGAUUGACGGCAGGGAGGCAGUGACUUUCCUGCGUAAGAUCAAGGCAGCAGUGGAGGAUCCCCGCGUGCUGCUGCUCGACCUGUAGAGCAGCUACACCCCCCACACAACCCACCCAGGGCAGGGCCGGGCCGCAGCACCAGCAGGAGCGAUGCAGGGCAUUCACGAACUGGCACAGGGGUCAUUCCAAUCUCCCGCCCUCCGCUGUGAUUCGGAGCUGUCCCGGAGGGAAUUGUGGGGAUAGCUCCUACCUCCUUUCCUGUUCUGUUUAACGAAGGUUCCGUUUCUCACGAGGAUUGCUAUGCAGUGGACCAGCCACUGAAUGGCACUGCCUUUCCGGAGCCAUCUCUGUGGCAUCCUCUCCCUCACAGCACCAGACUCACCUCCAGCUUGUCCUGUUCCAGCGGAAAGCCCUGCUGCUAUGCUAGGGUACCCUUCCCUGCUGCUCCAAAGCGGGUUCAGCUUUAUUUCCUAGCACUGAGGUUCCUGGGAGGGAGAGGAAAGGCUACUGUUCUGGCCCUGUUUUGCUUGAAAGUACUUCCCACUCAUCCGCCUCGCGAGGGCAGCCUGGGGACCCCAGGC